AUGGCAGGCAAACGGUGGUCGCGGGCCAACAGGGGCUCAUCGCCUCAGCAAACCACGCAAAUCUCCUUCUCGCCCAUAGCUUCCCCCGUUGACAGACCGAGCUUCGCCGCCGAGGAAUCUGCUCGUCUGCUGGUGCCGAGCGAGCCUCAAGCUUUUGACCAGGACAUUACUUCAUCCCCAUACUCACAUCGCGAAAACGUCACCUGGGACUCGAGAACCCUCCUGCCGCGUUGGAAAAGGAUACGCGCUUUGAGGAAGCCUCGCAGACGGACCUGGUGCGGCAUGCUCCUACUCCUCCUCCUGGCCGUCGUGGCCAUCGGCGCACUAUACGCAUGGCGCCGCGAGACAUAUCUCAACGCCCCUUGGAAACCCGACGACGAAACCACAAAGUUCAGCCAGGCGCCGCUGCCUCUUCCCCUCAACCAGACGAGCAUCCUGCAGCGGCAGCUGCCCCUGCGCACGCGCGGCCGCCACAUUGUCGACGCCGCCGGCGACCGCUUCAAGCUGCUGUCGGUCAACUGGUACGGCGCGAGCGACUCGCUCUUCGUGCCCGGUGGGCUCGAGACGCGCCACCGCGGCGACAUUGCGCGGACCAUCCGCCGGCUGGGCUUCAACAGCGUGCGUCUGCCGUACGCCGACGAGCUGGUCCUGACGAACCCCGUGAUUGCGCCGCACCUCGUCCUUGCCAACCCGGACCUCGCGGGCCUGCACGCGCUCGACGUCUUUGCGGCCGUCGUGGCGGCGCUGACCAACGCAGGGCUUGCGGUGAUUGUCAACAACCACAUCACGACGGCGACGUGGUGCUGCGGCGCCAACCCGUGCGACGCGGGCUGGGCCAACGACCACCUCGGCGGGCUGUGCGCCGUGCGCCAGACGGAGGAGUCGUGGAUCCGCAACUGGGAGGCCGUCAUGGACCGCUUUCGCGACAACCCGCUCGUCAUCGGCGUGGACCUGCGCAACGAGGUCCGCGGCCUCUGGGGCACCAUGCCCUGGGCCAAAUGGGCCGCCGCGGCCGAGCGCUGCGGCGACCGGCUGCUGGCCAUGAACCCGCGCUGGCUCGUCGUCGUCGAGGGCACCGAGUCGGCCAACGACCUCUCCGGCGCGGCGGCCCGGCCCGUGCGCCUCAGCGUGCCGCACAGGCUCGUGUACUCGGCGCACGUCUACGCGUGGUCCGGCUGGGGCAGCUGGGGCGGGCGCUUCGCGCAGCGCGGGUACGGGUCGUUUGUGCAAACGAUGCGGCGCAGCUGGCUGUACCUGCUGGAGCAGGACGUGGCGCCCGUGUGGGUGGGCGAGCUCGGCAGCGGGCGGCACCCGAGCGUGGGCGGCGCGCGGUACUGGCGGAACCUAUGGCGGCUGCUCAAGGAGGUGGAUGCGGAUUUCGGCUACUGGGCGCUGAACCCGGUGAAGCAGUACGAGAGCACGGUCGAGACGUAUGCGCUGGUGGAGGGGGAUUGGGAGACGCCGGUGCUGGAUUAUAGGAUGAAGGACAUGGUCGAGCUGAUGCGGCAGUGA